CCUCCAUCACACACAAACACACGUACACACACGCGAAACCAAGAGUGCGAGAGCAUCGUCGGGUGAAGACAACAUGUAGGCAGGAUGAGGGACGAGUGCUUUGCUCCGGGAGACUCACAGCAGGUGCGGUAGGAGAGAAGCUGCUCCUCGCAGGGAACAAGCUCCACCAUGUCCCCCGCAUCCGAUCUGCUCACUGGCGAGGAGGUUGUGUUGAUCUUGAAUCACAGUGAAUGGAGGUUACUUUAAGAUGACAAGAACACAUCCCCCAGAUAUACUGGCAUCAACUCUAUAUCAGGACUUCUCUAAUCCCAUCACCAACCACACCUUUUCUGUCCACUCCUCCCAGCAAUGUGACUUGAAGAUGAUCGACAAACCAGAAAUCAUUAACAAAAGACACUGCCGCAGCUUUGACUUCAUUGAGUCACUGGAUGACCCACAGUCCCUCUCUUCAUCAAUGGAGUACCCUUACAAGAGGACUGAGAAUCCGACAUUACAUAAAGACCAAAUGUGGAAUGGAAUAGAUCAACCGGGGUACCUGCGCUUUUCGUCUCCCGAUCUGUUCAACACCAGGCAGUUCCAGCAGCAAACCACCCAGGACAAAACAAGCAAUCCUACAUGGUCAGACUCUAAAAAGAGAACAAGAUCUAGAAGUGCUCCAAGAAUUAAGUCCACCCUCACUCCUGUGCCCAUCUCAGUGUCUCCUCCCAGAGACAGGAACGGGAGGGAUGCGUCUCAGGCUGCGUCAGAUACCUUGAGGACUUCUGAAACACAUAGAGAAUCCUUCUCUUCAAAUAAGGCUUUUUUGAAUGAGGUGCACCCUAUCAAACUGCAGCCUCAGUCUCCUCUCUAUGUCUCAGACUGUUUUGAUGGGAAUAAACCAGAUAAACCAGCUAUAACCCCUCAUGUCAGGUGCCGUGUGGACAUUAAACCGGACGCUGCUGUACUGCAGCAUACAUCUAGGCAGGUUCCCAAUGCACGGACUGAUCAUCCUUGGCAGAGAUUCUCCCAGGCCAGUAGCAGUAGAGGUUUGUAUGUACCUCGACAGAUUGUCUCCUCUCCAACGCCCACUCCUAGCGAAUGCUACAGUGGAGAUUUUAGACAAGGAUACCACUAUACCACCAGUAUGUCUCCCAUCUCAUACCAGCAUCUAGACAUGCAAAGAAUGCCUUCACCAACAGCACCAUAUCUGAGUCAGGAACAAAGAGCUUACUCAAAUCCUAAUAUACCAACUAAGUUCUUCUAUACCGAGGACCCUGUUCGGUAUCCUGUCCAUCCCUACUCUAGAGCAUACAUUCAGGAUGACCGGUCCAGUCUAACCAGCCAUGGUAGUACAGUCACUAGUCAGUAUGAUCCAAGGACUCGAUGGGUGCACACCCUUCCUGUCAGGUCCUAUUUCACAGAAAACGUUUCUAACAGAGAGCCAGCACACUCUGUAUAUAAUAGGCCUUACUCCACAAGUGAGGCAGGAUCAUACUUUUCUCAAACUCCACUGUCUAGAUCUUACUAUGGAGAGGAGAACCGGUUCGAUCCCUACCAUAUGAGUAACUCAAGGUUGUUUUAUUCAAAACCGUGCUCUCCUGAGGAGCAGUACUAUCCACCAAGGCCAUACCAUACGGAGGGUCGUCGACGCCCGCGAAUGUCGCAGGCCUUUUCAGAUGACUGGUAUCGCUCAAGUAUAUCUGGUUACUCUAACCAGUCUUCUCAGCUCACACCACCAAGAGUUAGGCAAGACCCCAGUAUUCCUCCGUGGUUUACUAACAGCUGUUCGGAGACAAGUAAACUAGGAGCAGAGGUCAAAAACCACUCAAAGUCUUGGGACAAUAUUCUAUAUCCACGGCACGAAAGGGAGCAAUCAGUGCCUCGUGGACGGAGCUAUGAAAACCUGUUUCAUCAAGCAAAGCAAGCACCAUCCUUUGAUGUGACAUCACAGCCUGUUAUUCUUAACCUCUCAAGUUCACCAAGGCGCUAUGCUGCCCUUUCGCUCUCUGAAAGCUCUUUAGAAAGGGGCUCAAGCAAUCCGUGGAGGAAUACCAAGAGCGGCCACUGGUUUGUAACUCCUGAGAUCACCAUAACAGAUAAUGACAUAUCUGCCGGCAGAAAGCGGCGAGAUGUGCACACUGUCAGCUGGGAUAUGUUGGACGGUGAAAAGAAACCAUCUCAGAGAGUAUCGCCUCCUAAGCAGCAACAAAAUACACCUGACAUAACCAAAGAGAGGAAACACAACAACUUCUCCCUCCAGCAGAGUCUAGAGCAACUGGACGAACUCUUAGCUGAUUUGGUGAUUGAUUACAAACCACCAACUAGCAGAAAAUCAAGCGUUGACCUUUUAGACCAGCUGAAACAACUCAUUACUGAAGAUGACGGCAAAGACAGGGACUCUUCUGGUAUUGAAAACUUCAACUCACAACUCCCAUCCUCCAAAUCCAGCCCAGACACACUCAAAGACCUUGAUAGUGGAUGUGAUGCUUUUCAAAGGAGUGCAGAAGAAUGUUCUCCAGACCAUAGCACAGAUGAAGACGACACUAUGGUGUGCGCUAACAAAAAGUGCAACCGGGUUGAGAGUAUGUUCAAUGCCUGCUUGUACUUCAAAUCAUGCCACAGUUGCUACACAUUUUACUGUUCACGAAACUGUCGCAGGGAUGAUUGGGAGAUCCAUAAAGAGACCUGUCUGUAUGGCCGGGUGACCAGCGUGUGCCGCCACUCUCUUAAGUUCUGCAGAGAGAAUUCAGAGAUCCACAAAGCCUUCUCUCGCGUUGCUAAAGCUGGCUACCUGUCCAGGGGGAGAGGAGUUCUGUUUCUGGGUUUUGCUAAUCCAGAGACCGCUGACAACUUCCUCCAAGUGGGGCUUGAGAGCCUCCUCAUGUCUCCCACAUACUUAUCUCUCAGAGAGCUGGAUGGCUUUAAGGACAACCUAGGCGAAUACUGCAAGGAUCUGCAGCUGGCAGGUAAUGAGUAUGACCCCAAUGAAUGUUUCCUUCUGAAUGUAUCUGUAGCUGUUGGUGAACUAGUGCCUAACAGACCUUCACCAAGGGUCCAAGCACCAACAGUUCGAAAAUAUGCAAAGGUUUCCCUGGCCUCCUCAAGCCCUGACAAAAAGGUACUCAGGAAGGAUAGUGAAAUGGAAACCCUCAUCCUCACUCCGCCUCCAGGCACACCGGACAUUGACAAAGAAGGGGAGAAGGGGAGGAAAGCCAGAGAGGUGUGCUUUGUCAACAUCCAGCGGGAGCUCAGGACGAGAGGAGUCUUCCUCCGACACGAGUACCCCAAAAUCUAUAAUCAGCUGUGUGAGUUUGUGGAGAGCAACAAAAGAUUCACUCCUACUACAAUUUACCCAAUAGAUCGGAGAACAGGUAAACAGUUUAUGUGCAUGAUCAUGGCUGCGUCCGAGCCAAGAACACUGGACUGGGUGGGUACCCCUCACCUCUUGGAUGAUAUUAUAUAGUAGAGCACUAAACCGUAAAGAUUAUGAUGUCAGCAACUGUACAUGCUGUAAAUACAUGGUGUUGUUUAGCAAAUUGGACAUUGAUAUGGGAACAUGUUUAUAUAGUAUGUGAUCAAUCUCUCUUUCUGUCUUCUCUUAUUUCUCUC